AUGUCCUUGCCAAACUAUAGUGAAGCAGCUGAAAGAAACAAGGAACCAAUCUUGCAAGUUCUCCUCAAAUACCUCUCCAAUGAAAAAGAUUCUGGAGAGCAAAUCUUGGAAAUUGCCUCAGGUUAUGGUCAACAUGUUUCACACUUUGCCAAAGAGUUCCAAAACCUGAUUUUUCAUCCUUCCGAAAUGACUGAUGAGAAUUUUGCAAUUAUCAAGGAAAGAACCUCAUCACUAUCCAAUGUUUUAACACCCACCAUUAUUGAUAUUUCCAGAGAGGAAUCAUUGCCCUUUGAAUGCAAAUUUAAAGCCAUUAUUGCCAUUAAUCUUGUACACAUUUCGCCGUUCAAGUGUUGUACCAUGUUGAUGAAGCAUGCGAGUGAGAUUUUAAAAUCAUCAUCAUCAUCUGCUGCUACUGGCAAUGGUUAUCUAUUCUUGUAUGGUCCUUUCAAUGUUAAUGGUGAAUUUACAAGUGAAGGCAAUAGAAACUUUGAUGAGAAUUUAAAAUUGAGAAAUCCAUUGUGGGGCAUUAGAGAUGUAGAACAAGUAGAAAAGGAAGCCAAUCAAUUCGGAUUGAAAUUAAUUGAGAGAGUGAGUAUGCCAGCUAAUAAUUUCACUCUUGUUUUUAGCCUUUAA